UGCUUUUGUUGCUUCCUGAUUAAUGGAAGGUCCUUAAUCUCUCUGUCUCUGGCUCUGUCUCUCUCUCUCUCUGCGGUUCGUGCAUUUUCUUUGUUUUGGGCGAGAAGGGUGCUUCGGCUUCGCUCGUAUUUGGCCAUUUCACAAGUUUCACUGAGUGCAAUUUUAGUUGGAGAGCCUUCAAUUCAAAGAAAUACAAACUCUUGGUUGUACUUAUAUCCUCGUCACUGAUGUGCAGUUCAAGAGAAUAGAUUGAUUGUCUUUCAAGUCUGAUGUCUCCACCACUUCUGGGUGUGGAGGAAGGGGGUGGCAAAACCUCUACAGUAGCCACCUCACCCUCCAUAGAUGGCGUUUCUCAUGACUGCUUGGGGUUGAAGGAGCGAAACUAUCUGGGUUUGUCCGACUGUUCUUCAGUUGAUAGCUCUGCAGUCUCAAGCUUGUCUGACGAGAGUAAAAGCAAUCUGAAUCUAAAGGCUACUGAGUUGAGGCUUGGUCUCCCUGGAUCUCUAUCUCCUGAAAGAGAACCGAAACUGUGCUUGCUGAACACUGGAAAACUUGACGAGAAGCCAUUGUUUCCUUUGCUUCCUUCAAAGGAUGGGAUCUGCUUGUCGCUUCCGAAGAAUAUUGCUUCAGGAAACAAAAGAGGAUUCUCUGACACCAUAGAUGAGUUCUCAGACCUGAAGAGCUCUAAAUACACCGAGGGAAACUGGAUGUUUCAUGCAACUGGACCUGCUUCUGAAACUGCACAGUCUGGAGGCCAAGGAAAGUUUCCUGGUAAUGCAGGGCUGAAGGCAAUGCUCCCAUCAAGGACUUCUGGGGCCCAAUCGGCCAUGCCGAAGGAGGCACUCCCAAAACCAGCAUCAGAAUGCCCUCGUGCUCUUAAUGGAACGGGGGUUAAUCAGACGAGAGCUUCAAACAAUGCUCCAGCUGCCAAGGCUCAGGUCGUUGGUUGGCCUCCUAUUAGAUCAUACAGAAAGAAUACAUUGGCUACUACUUCAAAGGACAAUGACGAGGUUGAUGGCAAACCAGGUCCUGGUGCUCUUUUUGUGAAGGUUAGCAUGGAUGGUGCUCCUUAUCUGAGGAAGGUAGAUCUGAGGAAUUACUCUGCAUAUCAGGAGUUAUCUUCUUCUCUGGAGAAGAUGUUCAGCGGAUUCACCAUAGGUCAAUGCGGAUCUAAUGGAACUCCAGCAAGAGAAAUGCUGAACGAGAGUAAACUGCGAGAUUUCCUGCAUGGAUCGGAGUAUGUUCUUACUUAUGAGGACAAGGAUGGCGACUGGAUGCUUGUCGGGGAUGUCCCCUGGGAGAUGUUCAUUGAUUCAUGCAAGCGGCUGAAGAUUAUGAAGGGUGCUGAUGCUAUUGGACUAGCACCUAGAGCGGUGGAAAAGUCGAAGGCAAGAAACUAGCGCAGGUUACUAUGCUUGCCUAGUUACGUCUGUCUGUCUACUGGAGUGGUAAAUGUGGAGAUAUUUGUUUGUUAAUGGGAAAGAGUACUACUCGGCUUGGUGCUAAUGUCCAUCAUGAGUCUUUGUUUAUUGCCUGAAAAUGUUGUCGUUGUUAAUCUGAAGUCUGUCUCAACCCUACGAUUGUUGUAAGUACUUUCAUAAGUUGCUAGAAGAAUUUGUGCUUGUUGGAAUUUUAGUGACCCAGUAGAAUUCUUGGUUCUCUGUGUGUAUGUGAUAAGAUUGUUCCUGUCAGAAAGAGAUCUGUUGGAUCCA